CCCCACAUCAACCCAAACCCACCCAACAUCAACCCAACGCCCGCCCAAUGCCCACCCAACAUCAACCCAGUCCCCACCCAAUGUCACCUCAAUCUCAGUGCCCACCUGGCGAUGUCCAUCAGUGCCAUCUCAGUGCCCACCCAAUGCCCACCCAUUGCCCACCCAAUGCCCACCCAUUGCCCACCCAAUGCCCACCCAAUGCCCACCCAAUGCCCACCGGUGUCACGUCAGUGUCAGCCCGAUGCCCAUCGAAUGUCAACCUGUCUCCAACCAUCGCCCACCCCUCAGCCCACCAGCCCCCAACCCAUCUCCCACCCGACAUCACCUCAAUCUCAGCCCCCCCCGCUGCCCGCCCAGCCCCAACCCCACGCCCCCCGUCUCCUCCUCUCCCCAUGGCAGUGAAAGAGGAGCCCUGCGACGAGGCCCCCCCCGCCCGCAGCCCCCCCGGCCGCCCCCAGGACGUGACGGCGGCGGAGCUGCUGCGGCGGCUGAGCGUCGCGGGGGGCGAGGAGCUGCUGUUCCUGCAGCUGCCCGACUCCCUGCCCGGCCAGCCGCCGGCGCAGGACAGCAAACCCAGCCGGGCCGAGCUGCAGAGCGACGACGGGCAGCUGCUGCUGGUGAAGCAGGAGAAGGGGCAGGAGGCCAGGCAGGCGGAUUGCAGCUGCACGCUGGCGGAUCUCCCCGAGGGGCAGCUGGGCAAACUGGUGGUGCGCAGGUCUGGGAGGGUGCAGCUGGUGCUGGGCAGGGUGACGCUGGAUGUGACCAUGGGGACGCCAUGCUCCUUCCUGCAGGAAUUGGUGUCCGUUGGCAUCGGCGACGGCCGCACGGGGGAGAUGACGGUGCUGGGCCACGUGAAGCACAAACUGGUUUGCUCACCCGACUUCGAGGCGCUGCUGGAGCACCGGCACCGGUGACCCCACAACCCCACAGCAGCCCCAUGGGGCGGGGGCAUCCCACCCCCCCCCACCAACCGUGUGCUGAGGGGACGCAGCGGUGCAGAGCGCAGGAAGGGGCGGCCGUGCCCCCCCCCAACCCCCCCAUUGGGUGCAGUGGGACGGACAGAAAUGCAAUAAAAACCUUUUUCCACGUGUGUGGGGCUGCCCCGCUCC